AUGGGAUACUGUGUCCUUUGUGGAGUUCCAAUCACUCGGCGGCUCCAUGAGCCAUGGCUAAAAGAAUUCCGAGCCGUGUGGAUAGAGGAUGAUGAGUGGGACAAUGUCAAGUUGUCUGGAGUUGGCAUGUGUGACGAAUACGACGAUGUCGUCACGGACUUCACACCAAAUCGUCGCCUUCUUUUCGAAAUCUGCCUCUCCAUGCCCAUCGGCAGCAAUUACGAAACCCCCAUCCCAGGCAGUCGGUUCUCGGACUGGGCAUCUAUACCUCAGGACUUGCAAUCGGAUCCGUUCGAUAUCCCCGGCCUUGAGAAGGCUAUCAGACAAUCUGUUCGCCUACAAAACGACGCAUUCGAGUCUCGCUUCAGCACCGACAACCUCAAUCUAGCGGGAGAUAAAUUUUCCCGCUCAUCACCAGAACUUCUUCAACUCAUUGCCACCCUCCUUCCGACGUCCGAUGUUCGUUCAAUUCGCCUAGCGUCCUCAGGCUUCGCCAUAUUUAACCUACCAGAGAAAUUCUGGGCAUCCCGAUUUAAACGAGGCAAUGAGUUUGAUCAUAUACCCGAGGCCCUUCAUAACCCUCCAGAGUCCUGGAAGGCGCUAUAUCUAUCGCUUAAAACCUGGGCUUGCGAUAAUCCCGGUGUGGCCAAUCGGAAACGCGUCUGGGGACUCGCUAAGCAACUUCAAUCAAUACUCUCUCAGAUGGAAGGUGUUCAUUGCAAUGGAUCCCCCUUGAAAACUUGGUUUGAGUCUCCCAGGGCAGCCAAGUUCUGCGAAGACGAAGGAGAAAUCUCUUGGCGCACAGCUGCACGUGGGAUCAAUGCCCCAGAAAAGAACUUCAGACAUGGCUGCCGAGUUUUGCGGGCCCGCGCCUUUCGUUUCUUACAACCUCUCGAAGUACAGCGUAUUUCUGUAUUUUUAGCAAUAGCAGUUAUUACUGACGACGGCACAAGGUCUCCUUGGGCGGGCGAACCGGGAGAUUUUCCAAGAUGGCACUUGGCUGAAGCUGAAGGCAUUUCUGCAGUCAAGGUCGAGCUUGAGGGCUUGAAACUUGUUUCAUUGAGUCGUGACAGCUCGAGUGAGCCUCCAAGAGAUAAUGAAUGGCGAAGCACGUGUCUUUGGUAUCCUCAUGUACCGCCCGAACGAUUGCUAUUCAACGGAAGUGAGGGUGACCAACCGCCACAUCGUUUUGACCUUCCAGUCACGACUCUCUUUUUCGAUGGACCAGACUGUCGAAAUCCAUCAAAACUGGUCAAAAUUGUCGUUUGGACAUUUGACAUAGCCUAUAUCGCUGGUAUCGAAUUCUUAUUUACCGACGCCUCGCAAAAUAGCCAUCUGGGGCACAUCGGCCCAUUAGGUGAUGCCUAUACCCUACCAAGGACGUUCGAAAACCCUCAAGAUCAUCGCUUUCCAAUGUCGAUUGACGGUUCUGGAGGCGAAGAGUUGAGAAGUAUCGAAGUACAGGAGAAGGGGGGAUAUCUAGCAGGACUGAAGAUCCGCACGAGCUUUGACCGAGAAGUCACGACUCCCCAGCAUCCGUUCGCAAUCGACAAAAAGUGGACUAUUGUUCAACCAGCAGGUUCAAAGAUUGUUGGUUUAUUUUGUAGACAUGGUCGCAUUCUUUGGAGCCUGGGCUUCAUAUCAACUAUCCCAGCUAUCGAUGAUAACUAA